GCAAGGAAAGGUGUGCACAUCAAAAAACCAAGAGGAAGCAUGAUGUGGUACUGCAUGAUCCACAUAGCUAGAAGUUUCGUGAACUCAAGAACUCAGAGAUGGAAUUGCUGAGGGGGAGAGAAACGUCAGCUGGGAUGAGAAGCAAAAUCAAGUGGGUUAGAACACCGGCCAGUUAUUUCGUCCUCAGAAAACCGCCGGUUUCCGGGACCGACCGACCCAUCAGCUGCUCAGAUCACAUCAACACGCAUCUGAUGCCUUACUCAAAUUUCUCUGAUGCUAAGGGUGCUGUCAUUAACGAGAACACAUCCUUGAAUGCUGCUCUGAUAAAAAACGUGAGGAAAAGAAUGGCUGGCAUGAACAAGCAUAUUGCAAAAUACAAGAAUGCAAACACCUCCUUCGUGAAGGAAAAUGUCUACCUGAAGAACCGAAAAGCUUGGAUGACAAAAUCUCAGAAGCGUCAGAAGAAAAACUUGGUCUACUUGAAGGACAAGUGCAAUGAACUGACUGAGAAGACCACCGGCCUUUCCAAUCUACUGAUGGAGUCCUAUGCUCAGCUUCAAGAAAGAAAUACGGAGCUUGAAGCAAGCAUUGCACAGCUGCGGGAAAGAAAUGCUGUGCUAGAGAAUGAAAGCAAUGCACGUGAUGAGGUGAACAAGGAAAAUGACCAUGAACUGGAUGAGGCCAAAAUUUAAGCCUUGCUGGAGAUUUAUCAGAGAUCAUGUUGACUGGUCAGAGGAGAAUGAAGUGGCUGAUAUGAAUCAAAAUGGCUGCUCUUGAUUGGAUUAAAUAAACAUUUACUAUGUCAACCAUACAUAUAUGACUAGGUUGUUAUCUUUAAAUUGCUUUUGCACUGACAGUUUGGGAGUUUGAUUGGUAUCUUUAAAUUGGGAUU